UCUCCCUCGCUCUUUCCGCGCUGGGGUCACUCGGUCAGCUGCGCGCCGGCGGGCGGCUGGGGGCGACAUGGCUGCUACGCUGCAGCGCAUCGAGCGCCUGUCUGGCCGAGUCGUGCGCGUCCUGGGCUGUAACCCGGGUCCCAUGACGUUGCAGGGCACCAACACCUAUCUGGUGGGGACCGGCCCCAGAAGAAUCCUCAUUGACACUGGAGAACCAGCAAUUCCUGAAUAUAUCAGCUGUUUAAAGCAGGCUCUGGCUGAAUUUAAUACAGUUAUCCAAGAAAUUGUUGUCACUCACUGGCACCGUGAUCAUACCGGGGGCAUCGUAGAUAUUUGUGAAAGCAUCAAUAAUGGCAGUACAUAUGCUAUUAAAAAACUCCCACGGAACCCUCAAAAAGAAGAAAUCAUUGGCAACGGAGAGCAGCAGUAUAUUUAUCUGAAAGACGGAGAUGUCAUUAAGACUGAUGGUGCCACUUUAAGAGUUAUAUAUACGCCUGGCCAUACCGAUGAUCAUAUGGCUUUGCUUUUAGAAGAGGAAAAUGCUCUCUUUUCUGGAGAUUGCAUUCUAGGAGAAGGAACAACUGUAUUUGAAGACCUCUAUGAUUAUAUGAACUCCCUAAAAGAGUUAUUGAAACUUAAAGCUAAUGUCAUAUAUCCAGGACAUGGCCCAGUAAUCCAUAAUGCCGAAGAUAAAAUUCUACAAUACAUUUCUCACAGAAAUACUCGAGAACAGCAAAUUCUUACUUUUAUUCGUGAGAACUCUGAAAAAGCAUUUACUGCAAUGGAGCUUGUAAAGAUGAUUUACAAGAAUACACCUGAGAAUUUGCAUAAAGUGGCUGAGCAUAAUCUCUUACUUCAUUUGAAAAAAUUAGAAAAGGAGGGAAAAAUAUUUAGCAUCAAGGAAACUGAAAAGAAGUGGAGAGCUCAGCUGUAAUUUCAGGUUGAAGAAAGCUGAUUUGCUUUUUGUUUUUAUAAAAUGGUAUGUUUGCUUAACUGUGACUUACAAGAGAAGACAGAGUAUAAAACAUUGAAAAUAAUCCUACUAUAAAUCUGCCAUUUAUUCUAAAAUGUAUAAAUUAUAUUGCACAUGUAUAAUAUCAGUAUUUAUCUCAUCUAUUUCUUAUAAACUUUUACCAAAAAUUAAGGUUCUGUUUAUUUUUAACAGAUUAAAUAAAAUGAUUACUUUAAAAAAUAAUAAGACGAUAUAAUUUAAACUUGAUGUUAUUCCUGGGAAAUAUUACAAUGGUCAGUGAUACUAUUUUUUUAGUGGAUUUAGUUAAUAGUGGAUUUCUAUUUAGCACUUUUUCUGCACCCCCCAGCUUUCUUUUCACAUUUCUAUCAAUUGCAUCAUAAUUAUAUGUGAGUACUUUCACUCUGUAUCAUGAGUACUUUCGUCUAAUGGUAUCCCACAGAUGAUUCAUAAAAAUCACCUUGUAUCUAAAAUAAUUGUUUUAUUAUUCACUGUUCUUCAGUACCCAGGGAAUAAUAUUUCAUAUUUCAGAACUAGAAAAAAAAGGCUUACUACCCUAUGAAUUGGUGCAUUUCCUUGAGCUAGUAUAAAAAAAUAUCAAGUUCUUGUUUUAUUAUUCAAUGUUCUUCAGUAUCCAUGGAACAAAAGUUUAUAUUUCAGAGCUAGAGAAAAGGUUUUCUCACCUAUGAAUUAGUAUAUUUCCUUUGACUGAUACUUAGCAAAUGUGACUGAUUAUCAAAUUACUUGGGAAAGUCACCUCUCAGACUCCUCUCAGAAUCCAUUUGUGAGACCCCCAAUUAAGGGAGGAUCCACACAAUACUUGAUAUUGAACCAAAUUUCCAAAACUCUGGCCUUGGCUUCUUAGAAGCUAGACUUAGAGCAGUUUUCUUGGAAUUUACUUCUUUAUUUGUUUUUCUUCCCCCUAUUGUUUUAUUUAGUAUGGGAGUUUUGUGUGUUGGUUUAGUUUGGUUUUUGGCUUGGGGACCAAGCUUGGCAGUGCCCAGGGCAUACUCCUGGCUCAGCACUCAAGCAGUCACUCCUGGCAGUGCUCCAGGGACCAUAUGUGGUGCCAGGAAUCAAACCCAGGACAGCUUCAUUCAAGGCAAAUGCCCUACAUAUUGUACUGUCGCUCUAGCUUCUUAGUAUAUUUUAAAGAAUUUUGACUUAAGCAAAUAUAACAAUAUCCUGUUCUAUGGACCAGGCAUCACUUAUAAUAACAUUUAAAACUAAAAUAAAUCAAUCAGUUAUUAGGAUUAUAGCAUGAAAUACUGUUGUGAGCUUCCAAAAUUUCAUCAUUCCUAGUUUAUGGAGACUUCGUGGGACAUCAUUGCUUGAAAAGUAUUCUAAAAAUCAUUGCUAUUAAAGUGCCAUAAACAUAA